AUGGCUUACUUUCGCUCUCGAUCGAGACGGUCCCAUCUUUUCAGGCUCUUUAUUUUCUUUCUCUUUGCCAUUGGUCUCGAUCUGCUGCGGAUACGGUACCAUCUGGCAGUGUCGUUGUCACGAGGAGGCGAACCGCCCAAGGAUAGAAGAACGGCAUCACCAUCAUCCUCAUCAUCACCCACACGCAAAGAACGCAUCUUCAUAGCCAGCACGCAUUGGAACUCGGAGCACGUGCUACGAAGCCACUGGAACGCGGCCGUCGUGGCGCUGGCAAGGGCACUAGGCCCAGAGAACGUCUACGUGUCCGUCUACGAGAGCGGCAGCUGGGACGACACCAAGGGCGCGCUCAGAGAACUGGAUGCCGCCCUGAGCGAGUUGAACGUCCGUCGGACGAUCGUCCUCAGCGACGUAUCGCACGAGGACGAGAUCUCACAGCCGCCGGCGCCGACAGGGUGGAUUGACACGCCUCGGGGGCGGCGAGAGUUGCGGCGGAUCCCGUUUUUGUCCAGGCAGCGCAAUGCCAGUCUGCAGCCGCUGGUGGAUCUCGAUCGCGAGGGGGAGCAGUUUGACCGUAUCUUGUUCUUGAAUGAUGUCGUUUUUAAUACGGACGACUUUUUCACCCUGCUGGAUACCAACCACGGCGAGUAUGCUGCCGCCUGCUCGCUGGAUUUUUCCAAGCCGCCGCGGUUCUACGACACGUUUGCGCUGCGCGAUCUGGAAGGCCACGAGCCGCUGAUGCAGACGUGGCCGUACUUCCGGUCGCGCGACUCGCGCUACUUUAUCGAGCGGGGAGAGCCGGCUCCUGUGGCGAGUUGUUGGAAUGGGAUGGUCAUUAUGGACGCGGCCUCCUUCUACGAUACCGUCGCUCCGCUCCGUUUUCGCGGGAUCGCAGACAGCCUGGCGGCAGCGCACCUCGAGGGCUCUGAAUGCUGCCUCAUCCACGCCGACAACCCUCUGUCGGCGAAGAAGGGUGUCUGGCUGAACCCGAACGUGCGGGUCGGGUACGACGGCAAGGCGUACGAGGCGGUUCACCCGCAGCAGCAUGGCCAGAAAGGCACAUGGCUGUCUACGUCGCAGGUGCUGUGGGGACUGUGGGAGAACCGACUGCGACGGUGGUUCACGACGGACGCGCUGAAGACGUGGAUCGUGCGACGACGGCUGCGGAGGUGGGAGAAGCAAGACCCGAGCGAGCAGCGGGUAGAGAACGGCAUGUUCUGCUUGAUUAAUGAGAUGCAGGUUCUGGUGGCGAAUGGAUGGGCGCAUGUAUAG